ACGUUAUCCACUUUUCGACUUUGCAAAACUGCGAUGCCCAGCACAGUUGCUCGGUUGUUGUUUGAGGAGCAAGGGGCCGCGUCGUCCCUCAUGCAGCUCUCGCGAGCAGCCGCCACUUUGAGUCAUACAGACGCGCCAGAGUCGCACCAAUUGUUACCGGGACAGGCUGCACCGUCCGGUUAUGUCCAGCCAAUGCCGCCAAGCAUGUACCAUCACCACUCGCCACAACAACAGCAGCAACAACAACCACUAGGACCUGGCAUGGCCGUCUCGAUGAGCCCGUAUCUGUACAACCAAAUUCCUCCUGGGCAGACAAUGGUCUACCAAUACUCGCCUCACCAGCAGCCCACCUAUGUUAUUGCGGGUCACCACCCUCCCGCCAUGUUCACUCCUGCUCCGCCAGUGAUUGGCUCACCAAGUCUUCCAGUGCCGCAACUCCAACAGCCACCCCACCAAUCCCAACAUCAACAACAACAACAACAGCAGCAACAGCAACAACCCUUGUACGUGACACCAUCGGGUAGCGUCACGUCGUCCUACUCUGGACCCCAUUUCACCACUGUUCGCCGUUCUGGGUCGAGCACGAGCAUUAGUUCGCUGGGCAGCGUCCAGGCUUCGCAAGCCAGCGGACAGGGCAAUGCGUUUUUCGGCAUGUCCUACCCACACCACAACGGGAAUGCCAAUGGCGAGUACUCGCCUGUAUCGUCCAAUCGAAGCAGCUUUUACGCUGGCGAUGAGUCUGAUUCGAUGGACGAAGCAGACAUGCCGCCGCACAUUGCCAUGCAAAACCUUGCACUGCACUCACCAGGCGCCCUGUACUCGCCCACCAUGCCUCAUCGCACGGACUCUCCGACCGCCUCCCUGCGACGUCGCAAGAGUCUCGAGCGCGGCAAGGAGAUUUCAUACCAAGCGUCUGUUAAUGUGGGCAAGCGAAUGCCAUCGUCUCGUGGCGGGGCUGUCAGCAUUGGCCGUUCAAAGUCGUCUGCCGCAGCAGUGAAUUUGUAUCGCGAGCAGCGACAGCAACAGCAACACCAACAGCAGCAACAACAACAGCAACAACAGCAGCAGCAACAACAACCACAACAACCUGGAACUGGCGGUAGUGACGUACCCACUCGGUUUAUGCGUCAUUCAACUUCGCAACAGUCCGUCCUGGUCCAUCCGACGGGCGGGUUUACGGCGCCGCAGCUUUCCCCGGGUAUGGCUGCAGCCUCUGCCGCCCACAUCAUCCCAUUGCGACAUUCGGGCCAAGAGCGCGGAAUGCGUCACUACGGCUCGUUGCCGAGCUCCAUCUUGCAUCCGCACUUGGUGCAGCAGCAACAGCAGCAGGUCGUGCAGCAGCAACUCCACCCUUCCUACCAGCAAGGGCAACCUGGCUACCACCAGCAACCACAGGCUGCCGAAGUCGACGACCACUUCCGCCGGGCGCUCGGCCCCUCGUAUUCGGGUGAAGGGGGCUCGCCUUCGAGUCACUCGUCGCCCGUGGGCCCGCACAGCGGUGCUGGCGGAGAGCUGGUCGACGUGGACUCUCACUUUGUCCGAUCCCUGGGCGAGCGGUGGAAGCCGCAGCACAUGCGCCGCGGCAGCAACAGCAGCGUUGGCAGCGGCCGCUUCUCCCCUCUUCCCAGCGAAGGAUCGCCUUCCAGACUAUCCAUCUCCGAGACAAUCAACCCGCCUGGCGCCCCUAACAACGACAAUUCCUCAUCCACUGCGUCUGCUAUGGACGAUGCGCCGCCAGAAUCCCCCAGCGGGCUUCGACGAGCAUCAAAUUAGCACGAUUCUAUAUUUUUGUCGUUUGUUACACGACCCUACCCUCUUCUGCUUUGAGAAAUCCAAGCAAGACAAGUCAAAAACAGGAGUGUUUGACUUUUUCUCUUUAUUUUAGAAUCAAAAUGCCGUUGCUAUUUUUUUUCUCUUUUUCUUUCCGCUUUUCCGUGUCUGUGUCUGCAUUGUUAAUCCCCCACUCCCUUCUUCUUCUUCUCUUUCUUGUUUGCUUGUUUGUUUGUUUGUUUGUUCUGAGGUUUCUUGACCUGUUUCCUCUCAGCCCUCCCCGGCUUUUCUUUGGGUGAUUCUGUUCCUUUCUCUGUACAAAAAUCCAUAUCGAGUUUACGACA